AUCAUUUCCCAGAACUGGUCAAGAUUUUUGACGCUCGCCCACUUCCAUAUUCCCUGCUUGCGUUUGGAGACCUCCUCGUCCAGCUCGUCGCGAAACCGGGAUUUGGGGUCGUCGGGGUAGCGCGGAAUCAGGCAGCGCGGCGGCACCCAGUCGAACUCGUCGACGUAAUGGGAUAUCUUUUCCAAGGGAUGGCCGAUAACCCAGUUGUCUGCGCUCGUAGCUGUCCGUGGAACAAAGGCCAUCGUGUCAGUCUCCUCCAGACCCGGGACGAGGAGGUACCCUUUCGGGGUUCCCCACGCCUCCCCUCUCAAGCCCUCCAUCAGCGGGUUGAGCACUCUGCACCACCAUUUGACCAGGCCCCGGUCGUCGAGAAUAUGCUUGCCGUCAUUUUGCACGCUACCUGGAAACAGAUACUGCGACUGGGCGCGGGCAAAGAGGUUCACGAUGGUCUGUGUGUUCUUGCGUCGACGAUGUUCGAUCAGGUAGGCGAGGAAUAUGGCUGUCACUUGGCGGGUGGGCGAUGAGGUGCCCUUGGGGAGCUUGAGAAGAUGCAGGUAGCCAGUCGAGUCCGCCUUGCCCACGAACAGCGUGGUCGAGUAGGCUGUCGUGAAGAUGAAGAUCUCGACAGCAAAGACCAACACCUGGGCUCUGGGCUCGGUGGCUUUGGCCUCGUCGGCACCGGGCGAAGCGCGCUUUAAGAAGGCAGGCGCAUCGUGGUCGCGAUCUAUUGAGAUGGCCAGGAAGUGGCUUUCGCCAAAUGUCUUGUCUGGCCGUUCGUCUGGUGGGGCCGAGCAGAGAGGUUCGGUCUUGGUCGGGGGCGUCGAGAGGUGGUAAACGGCAAACUUGAAGCCGUGAGGCAACACGGCAGCGAGUCGAUCGCGAAGGGUGUCGGUGCUGGUUGGAGUCGGAGUCACACUCUUGAAGGCACGUCUGAAGGUCGAGGAUGUGGUGGACGAAGACAUUGUGGUGGUCGAGGCCCUGGAGACGAAGUGGUAUCCCAGGUUCCAAUGCAGUGCCGUGGGAGACAAGAUGGAGCCCAGGGAGCUGGAGCUGGAGCUGGAGCAGGCGUGCCUGGCGUGCUGGGGAUCAAGCCUGGUCGCGUGGGCCGCUUGGCAUCCAACUGCAUUGGCCAAUGGAAAAGGUUUGUUUUGCCCCGCACAUCCCUUGCAGCAGUGGGGCUUCGGUGUGGGGUUGUCGGGCUGAGCCGGCGCCGAAGUUCAGCCGCUUGGCAACAGAAGCGCAUUGCAGCUUUGGCCGGGGAAACCGUGAGGACGGAAAAAAAUUACAGCGCGAUUGUUGGAGUGCCCGGCGCAUGUGCUUGGAAGCAGCAAGACAAACAACACCACGACCUGUAGCUGGCCAUUGCACCUUUGACGAACCAGUCCCGCCCGACGAAACCCCAGCAGCCAACAACACCAUGGCUCUCAAUCCCGCGCGGGCGUCCGUCUCGUCGGCCUCCAAGGCUCUGGCAAGAUGCACCCGGCCCCCACCAUCGUCGGUUGCCAGCAGUAUGGGCCUAUCUGCCCGCCAAAUGUCGACAGAGACGACACCGACAUCAACACCAACCACGGCCGAUAUCCAAUCAGCCUCCGGGGCCUCCUCCUCGGAACGUCGCCCGCGAUGGUCUUAUACCCCAGAACGAAUGAAGGGCCCCGGCUUUUCCAUCAACAUUGUCAAGAACCCCGCGCGCAAGAUAUGGCACGUAAACGAGGACCCAGAAAAGGUCGAUGCCGUUUACAACCGGUUCCUGGGCAAGAACGGCGACAAGAUGUUGCCCGACGAGAUCAAGUGGCUGGCUGUAACACACAAGAGUUUCGACCAAGGAAGGAGAGGCUUCAACACGAGACUGGCCUAUUAUGGUCGUCAAGUCCUCGCCCUAGAAACUAUGCGAAGUAUCCUCGCAAAUCCGCUCCCUGGGGAUGCGGCCCAAGAAGCAAUCACCUUCUCUGACGAACAUGGCCGCGAGCCGUUCCAGCACCCUGCUCUCGCGAAUGUCGACAAGCUGUAUGCAAGACAACCCUGGGACGUAGUAAGCAUGGAAAAGAUUGCCAAACUCGCCUUUGAUGUUGGUCUGGGUGAAAUCACCCGGUGGAAACCCAAGAUGCCUGAAAACCUCGAACUCUCGGGUAUUGCUUCGGUACUCAACACAUCAGUCUUGGCCAUCGUCGGCGCCGUUUCUCUUCAAAAUGGCGCCGAAGCCGCGCAUCGCGUUGUCCGCGACAGAAUACUAAGGAGACUGGCUUAACAGCUGUAAGGGCCGAGGCGAGUGGCAUCGUGUAUAAUCUUGUAUUAUAGUUUAUUGGGCGGGCGGCAAUAUCGAAAUGGCUGGACAAUGCCCUCUCCAGUGACUUGCAAUGAACCCCA